CAAAAACAACUAAAUACAAGAUGAAMAUGAGUAGUUUGUGAUUGAUAAUUCCUCUUUAGGAAGAUUUUAAAAUGGGAUCUAUGGUAUCUCAUAUGUAUCGAGGUGUUCAGUACAUGAUAGGAUGUGGUGGGUACUCUUCUAAAGCCUUACCUAGCCCUGAUACUUUGCAUAAAGCCAAUGCUCUAGUGUGGCGAAGAACUGGCUCUAUGUAUUUUGAUGAAGAUGGAGAUCUAGCACAUGAAUUUUAUGAAGAAGUUAAGCCAACAACUAAAGGAGAAAAGGCUUGGAUGAGACCAUUGACAGACAGACUUUCACCACAAGGAGUUGUUCCUCUGCAAGUCCCAAGAUUACAUGUAGACUUUCCUUACGUUAUGUGUGAAGCAUGGACWUCAUGACAACAGCUGCUGAUAGAAUCUAACAAAUUUCCAAAAUCAAUAUAAAUGCAUAAUCCUAUUAGUAUCUUGGAAUAUCCAAGAUUUACUUCUUUUAUUUCACACAAACAAUCACUGAAACCAAGUGUACAUAURUAAUUCAAAGGCGAAUACUUGUAACAAGAAUCAAAAGUCCUGGGUUUUUCUUUUGUUUAUGAACAAUCUAUAUGUUUGUUCAUAUUAUAUUUCAAAGGAAUGAAGUACAAGGKCUUCAAUGAAAGUUGUAAAUAAUGAGAUGGCGACAGUGAUGAAUUGAUGCUUGUAAAGGUUCGGUGAAAUUCAUGUGUAAUAUAUAUCGUAGUAUUAGUUAUUGUACAGUCAACUAGUCACUCUAAUUUACAGCACUUGAUUCACUUUAUCAAUCGAUUCAUUUCGAGUYUGAUUGAUAUUAGCUUUUAUGGAUCCUCGAAAUUAUGGCAUCAUUCAUAGCUAAUAAAUGUAAAUAAAGUGCAAACAGAAGAGUGAUUUUGUCUGUGGAACUCUAAGGUACCAUUACAGCCACUUAUAAUUCAUAAGCUUAUCAAAGAGACUGUUGAACACUUCGACAGUGUUACAAUUUCUGGCAUAGAAAGUCACAAAGAUUUAAGUCACUGACACUCUAGACAUUAAAGAAAUAACAUUUGCAAAAUAUUAAUCAUUGAUUUCUUUUAUUGUGAUAUGAUUUGUUUAUUAGAAAAUAUUAUCCUGUUAUAAUUGUUGAAUAAUUAUAUUUUAUCAUUAAAUAGUGGCAUUGGAGGUGCAACAGUAAUAAGAGAAAAUUUCCUUAAUAAAUUAGUCAAAUGUGAAAUGUUGGAUCACCAAACACCAUURAACAGAAACCAUCAAACAUGGUUUUAAAAAUCA